AUGUCUGUCGUCACUCACUCGUUUGCUGGUGGAGGAGGACUAUUCAUGGGCGAUGAUCCUCCACAACAAACCUCUGAAUCUACCCUUAAGCAGACCCCUUUGCAUAUAGCAACACGCAUGGGAAUAUCAAAAAUUGUGAAAAAAAUGUUGGAGUCUCACCCUCAAGCGGUGGAAGUGUUGGAUCCUGUAACUCGACAAAACAUUUUGCACAUGGCCAUUAAGUAUCGCCGGCUGGCCAUCUUUAACAUACUAAAAAAGAGCAAAUCAAUAACGUCAAGGUUGGCUUACAGGAUUGAUACUGAUGGGAACACCAUAUUGCACCACGCUGCAUAUGUGAGUUCUUACCCUGUAGACGCUCAAGGCUCAAUUGGUCCUGCAUUUCAAUUGCAAGAAGAAUUGCGUUGGAUGGCGCGUGUGAAAAAGAUAAUCCCAAGUCAUUACGCCAUGCACCAGAACAAUCAGGGCCUGACAGCGCAGAAGCUGUUCGAGAAGGAGCAUGCAAAUGAUCUUAAAUUGGCAAAAGGAUGGAUAAAAGAGACAGCCCAGUCGUGCUCGACUGUGGCAGCUUUGGUGGCCACCGUGGCCUAUGCAGCUGCCUUUACGGCUCCCGGGGGUAAUGAUAACUACGGGAUUCCUGUUCUCGGGCAUUCUACUUUCUUUGUCACAUUCGCCGUUUCGGACAUUAUCUCGCUCAUCUUCUCAUUGACUUCUUUGUGCACGUUUCUCUCUAUCCUGACGUCCCCGAUUGAGUACAAAAACUUUCACCAUUCUCUUCCCUUCAGGCUGCAUUUAGGAUUCGCCCUUCUCUUCUUCUCGUUGGUAUCCACCAUGCUCACCUUCACUGCUGCUGUUGUGCUCUUGAUUCAUCAUCAAAAGAUGUGGACAACGUCCCUCAUUUAUGUGGUUGCCCUUCUUCCUGUCUCUGUGUUUGGGCUCUCGCAAUUUCCUUUGUAUGAAGGAUUUCGCCAAUGUGUGAAAUACAUUUCAAAGGAAAUGAAGCCGAUUAUAUCUUCAAUUCGGGGUGUGUUUGGAUUUUCCCAAAGUUUGAAGGCUAGAAAUACUAUAUUCUAG